AGUUGUUCCCGGUGCUAUUUGAGUGACUGCAAGAGGGAUCGGGGUCUCCCGACUGGGCUUCAAGAACUGGAAGCCGGGCACUGUCUCAGUGAGAACAGGAAAGCUGUAGGGGUUCAAAGCCAGAGGUGACAAAAGAGAAGCAGAGGCAUCAGCUGAGACCCCAGUGCGAGCAAAAAGAAAGUGGUAGCCGAAGACUAGGCUGAGAGGCGAGCCCCGAGUUGUCUUGUAUUGACUUCGGUGCUCCCUUUUCCCCGGUUUAGCGACUGAGUGGCUAAGCUGAUUGAUUUUCUCUUGGAGUAAGAUAUUUGUUUGUUGUUGUUUUUUCAUUUUGGGAGGAGGACAGCCCUGUAAGCACUGAGUCUUCCUUAACGUGAGGCCAGAAAGGGUCAUCGUGAGAGGGAGGCAGGGAGCCCAAGGCACCUGAAUAAUAGGGAAGUAGGGAUUAGUGGGGGACAGUGAAGUUUGUAGACAUGGUGAGUGUGACUUCAGUUCCCACCACUGCCGAAGCGCAACCUCAGCAGCCUGAAAAGGAAUCCACUACGGAACCCGAUGUUUCAGCCGCCGCAGAACCCGUUAAGAUCAAGGUGUCCAGACUUCGCUGGGUGAUCGUCCUGUUGUUCAGCUCCUAUUCUCUGUGCAAUGCCUUCCAGUGGAUCCAGUAUGGUGCUGUUAAUAACGUCUUCAUGCACUUCUAUGGGGUCAGCGCCUUUGCCAUUGACUGCUUGUCCAUGAGCUUCAUGGUGACUUAUAUCCCUUUACUCUUCCCUGUGGCUUAUCUUCUGGAGAAAUAUGGCUUACGUACCGUCGCUCUCUUGGGGUCGGUCCUUAACUGCUUGGGCGCCUGGGUGAAAGUGGGCAGCUUGAAGCCGAAUCUCUUUGCCGUCACCGCUCUGGGGCAGUUUUUCUGCUCUGUUGCCCAGGUCUUCAUCCUUGGCAUGCCCUCCCGCAUUGCUGCCGUCUGGUUCAGUGAACGGGAGGUUUCCACAGCCUGCUCUCUGGCUGUCUUUGGCAAUCAGGUUGGUAUUGCCUUAGGGUUCUUGAUUCCUCCUCUUUUGGUACCCAACAUCCAGGACCUGGAAGAACUUGCCUACCACAUUAGCAUUAUGUUCUACAUGAUAGGAGCUGUGGCUUCCUUCCUCUUUAUCCUUGUCAUCAUCAUAUUCAGGGAGAAGCCCAAAUAUCCCCCAAGCCAUGCCCAGUACUUGAGCUAUACGAUGGAAGCACAGAAGCCUACUUAUUUUAAGUGCAUUGGCCGGCUGUUGAAGAAUCAGAAUUUUAUGCUCCUCUUGGUCAGCUAUGGUUUGAAUGCUGGUGCUUUCUAUGCCCUAUCAACGUUACUGAAUCGCAUGGUGAUCUUCAACUACCCAGGAGAAGAAGUGAAUGCUGGCAGAAUUGGCCUGACCAUCGUCAUCACAGGAAUGGCUGGGGCUAUGAUCUCAGGCAUCUGGCUGGAUAAAACUAAAACAUACAAACAAACAACAGUGGUGGUUUAUUCCAUGGCCCUGGUGGGCAUGGUGGUGUUUACUGUGACCUUGGGUCUUGGAUACCUAUGGGUUGUGUUCGUCACAGCAGGCAUGCUGGGGUUCUUCAUGACGGGGUACCUCCCACUGGGGUUUGAGUUUGCUGUGGAACUGACAUACCCAGAAUCAGAAGGAAUGUCUUCAGGUCUCCUUAAUGUGUCUGCUCAGAUAUUUGGGAUCAUUUUCACCAUCAGCCAGGGCCAGCUCAUUGACCACUUUGGAACACUGUCUGGAAAUGUCUUUCUGUGUGCCUUCCUUGCCUUAGGGACUCUCAUAACUAUGUUCAUUAAGGCAGAUCUUCGGAGGCAAAAUGCAAAUGCGUUACCUAAUAAUAAAGUCCCGGAUGAGCAGCCUCAUCAGGAGAAAGAUCCAAAUCAGGCGCUUAAUGAACACCUCUAAGAGGAGGAAGUGCAGGAACCUGUGGGAAGCUGAGUUGAGGAGGCCUGACUUCCCCCCACUUUGAUUGCCAGCAAGAGGUUCCUCAGCGAGGACUUGAGAGGGAAUCAUCUGGGUCUAAUGGCUGCAACAGCAGGACCUGCUCCUUCUAGGAGUCCCCUUCUAGGGUCUUGGGAUGAUGUGGUCAGAAUUAUACUUUCUCCCUCUCUUGCCGUGAAUUAGUGGAGAUGGUGCUGAUAAAGGCCAGCAGAGCAAGCUGCAGCUCAAA